CUGAUGUUCCCAUAAGACUCGCUCUUCUUCCUCAAUUUCUCUCUGCAUCGCAAUACAUCGGAGAUAUAGGGAGAGAUACAAACAAAACAAAAAAAACUGAUAAUCCAAAUUCCAAACAUUACAGAGAAACAUCGUCUUUGGCUUCUUUUUGGUGCAUGCCUCUCUUCUUUUUCCCUUUUCUCUCUAAUUCACUUGCCUCUGUCUCUUCUGGUCAAAAUAAUCUAACUUUUACCUUUUCUUUUUCCUUUUUCUUUUUAUUUAUAUAUUUUCUUUUGCAGUUACAAAAUUGGAAAGCUGCUGUGAGAUAUAUAAGAGAGAUCUGCCACCAGAAACGGCUCCCUCUCAAGCAAGGUCUUGGUCGUGGUGGUGCUGGUGCUGGUCGCCGGAGACUCUCGCUUUUGGAACAAAUGUCAGCACUUGAGGGUACCAGAGACCUAGCCGGACUGACUCUAGAUGCUGUGUUGGGCGGAGAAAAACGCCCGGCGGCUGCUCUGGCUCCUACGCCGGCUCAGAUGAAUAGAACUCUUUUAGAUAUAAUUCGUGACGAUGAGCCUCAUGUUUCUUUGUUUGGCCACAAGGAUAAGAAAACUUGGAAAGCAUUCAGAGAACGUCUUCGUCUUAGACGAUCGGGAGGUUCUGCUUGGACCUCCUCCGUUCCUGUUCCCGCCUCCGAUAUUCCUAUCCAGAAUAACAACCAGAGUUUUAGCAGCAAUUACCCGCAACCUAGAUCCUUCAUUGCCCGCCGUAAUUCGGUGCGUUUCACCGGCUCCUCCCCCGGCGAUUCAACUCACGCGGAGGAUUCCAGUGAUAAUCCGGCUGUUUCUGGUCACAGAGCAAUUAUGUGUCGCCGGACUUCCUCUCGGUACGGUCCAUCGGGACUGACUCCAUCCGAGUCAAUGCGGUCGGAUGAAUCGUCUUUCGGCAUUCUAGGCGAUGAGCCUCCUUUACGGAGUCUCAGAGCACAAAUGUCGCGGCACAAUUCAAUUCGGAACCCUGACUCGUCUCAGUUUUUUGACGCCGAGGAAGAGACGGGACAGAGCAGCCGCCGUCUAGGCGCGGUAAUAACUGAGGAUCGAGCGAUGUCGGCAAGGGAAGCAGUAGCCGCUCAGGAAGCGGCUGAGGCUGAGGCAGCUGCUCAAGCCGCGGCUGAGGCGGAGGAAGAGGAGUAUGAUGAGGAGGAAGAAGAUGAAGAUUCUCCGACGAGCGCAGGGGCAGCUGAGGCAGCGCCAGUGAGGAUGUCAUUAAUGGAUUUGUUGGAGGAAACAGAUAGGCAGAUGGGAUUUGUGGGGUCCAGUUACACAAUGGGAGAUGAUUAUGACUGCGAAGAAGAAGAAGAAGAAGAUGACGAUGAUGGAAUGGACGGUGGCGAUGGAAUUGAGCAUACUUGCUGCGUGUGCAUGGUUAGACAUAAAGGUGCGGCAUUUAUCCCCUGUGGUCAUACCUUUUGCAGAUUAUGUUCAAGAGAGCUUUGGGUCCAAAGGGGUAAUUGCCCUCUGUGCAAUGGUUACAUCUCGGAAAUUCUUGAUAUUUUUUAGCUUUUUUGUUUAAUUUUUAAUAUUUUUUUUUCAAGUUCCCAGCUUUAUUUAUAAUGACAAAAAAUUUCAAAUUUGUGUAAACAUCCUUUUUUGUUAGUGACUUGUUUGGAUAAAUUUUUGGAAAUGGUAAAAUAAAAAAUUUAUAUGAA